GGCCAGCAGAACACAAAUACACCGCACCAUUAGCAUCAUUCAUUAACUACUAUUAUUAUUAUUUGUCAUCCCCACACCCACGGACGGAGGUCACUUUGAAAAUCGAAUCGAAAAAGGCUUGUAUUUUUCAUAAAAAUCUCGACUUUAUGCAAAUUGGGAUCCUUUGUUAUUAUUACCAGUGGUGGUGGUGACCUCCAUUUCGUGCUAUACCAUUACAUUAUAUUACCGUAUAACCACAGUCCUCUCUGAUUAUCAGAGUGUGUUAGAGAGCAUACUCAACCUUUUUUUACGUUACUCAUCCGCAGAGUCAUCUCUCUCCAUCUCAAAAGCGGCUUAAAUUUCUUAAAAAAAUACAAAUCUUUUUGCCGAAUUUGUGACCAUCAGGAUGACGACGAUAAAAUAAAAUGACGAAAUUCAUCACGUAGUUCGCCCAAGUGAUUAUUAUUAUUUUGCUCCAGCUCAACCCAGCUAAGUUUGACUUAAAACCCACUUGUUGUGGAUUGGAUUGGAUGACAUAGUAAACAAGCAAACUUUUAGUUAGUCUUACUACUCGUCGUUUGUUCUACCUGCUACCCGGUUUUUUCUUAUUCGAUGGCCAAUAACAACCCGGGUGGCGGUGGCGGAGGUGAAGGUGCCGGUGGUCCUGCCGGUGUAGACUCCGAAUUCGAAGAGCUCGACUUCCCCGAGGACGAUGGGGCCGAAACUGAGCGAGAUUCCGUUCUCGUCACGCCGCAAAACCGCUGGAAGAAACUUGCCAAAGAGGGGCUCGUCAUCCCAUACGCUUCGGUGCACGAGGAGCCGAGAAGUUUCAAAACGCCGCAGCGCAAAUGUUUCAUCCCUGGAAGACCGGUCGAGGUCAAAAUUAUCGACGUCGAGCGAACCGCUUCCACACAUUUUCUUAACGCUAACCUUUACGUUAUUCAACUUAAACAUGGCGAUCACGUUUGGACGAUUAAACGUCGUUAUAAACACUUUCAACAUCUCCACCAACAGUUGAUGCUGUACAGGGUCACUCUUUCUGUCCCCUUCCCGUCGAGGACGCAUCGCGAGAGGAGAACGACGUAUAAAUCUUCCCUGGAACGGGAUGAGGGUGGAAGAUCGAAAGGUUUGCCGAGGUUUCCGAAACGACCAGAAGCCCUUGUCGCGGUGGAUCAUUUGCAAGAGAGGAGGGAGGCGCUGGAAGAAUAUUUACAAAAUUUGAUGCAAAUCCGAGCAUUUAGAAAUCAUCAUGAGACCCUCGAGUUCCUUGAAGUGAGCCAUCUCUCGUUUGUUCACGGCCUUGGGAUGAAGGGGAAGGAGGCCCUUGUCCUAAAAAGGACGGGAACAACACAAAAUCAACGGUGCGCUUGGUGCUGCAGCUGCCCCUGCUUCGGGUAUGGCCCCACUAAUUCAUUCUUCAUACAUGUCAAAUACUUAUCACUCAUAAUUCUUAUCCAUAGGUUUGCAAAACUGUGCGGCGUGUGGUGCGGUCAGUGGCAGAGACGCUGGCUCAUCGCAAAGGACACAUUUGUCGCUUACGUACGACCCAAAGACGGUCGACUCCAUUGCGUCAUGCUCUUCGACAACGAUUUUGAAGUGGCCUCCGCCAUGUACGAUGUCGAGCACGGGAUCGUCAUCUCCAACCUCUCGAGACGACUGGUCGUCAAAUGUUGGACGAAACGAAAGGCGAAAGAGUGGCUGGAACAUUUACGCAAAUUAAUGUCCACAGAAGUGGCGCGAGGUUUCAUUGGGGAGAAUCGUUUCCUUUCUUUCGCCCCGAUUCGGUCUAGUUGCGAUGCCUCCUGGUUUGUCGAUGGUUCGAGCUACAUGUCCACCGUAGCAGACGCGAUGGAGGCGGCGCACGACGAGAUUUACAUUUCCGAUUGGUGGCUCAGCCCCGAGAUUUAUAUGAAGCGACCCAUCGUCGAGGGAGAGCGGUGGCGACUCGACAAAAUCCUUCAACGAAAAGCGAAACAAGGGGUCAAAGUAUUCGUCCUGCUGUAUAAAGAGGUCAGCAUGGCGCUUGGGAUCAAUAGCUAUUACAGCAAGCAAACUCUUGUCCACGCGGCGUCAGAAAACAUUAAGGUUCUACGUCACCCGGACCACGCAUCUGCUGGAAUCUUACUCUGGGCGCAUCACGAAAAGUUGGUCAUUGUUGACCAAACGUACGCCUUCGUGGGAGGGAUUGACAUUUGUUACGGGCGCUGGGACGACCACCGCCACCGUCUCACCGACCUUGGCUCCGUCUCGAAUCAAACGCAUCAGGGAAUGCGACUUAAAAUCACGUCCAGCCAACCGGCCGGCCUCGCCAACGCGUCUCUCAUGCAACUGGCCAAGGCCACCAACAUGGUCACGAUCGGAACUCUGGUCGAUCGUCUCUCUCCCGCCCCCACGCCCGGAAUCCUCGAGCAGAUGGAGCAGUUACCAGCGAUAGAUGAUGAGGUCGACCACGUCGAAGCAAUUAAUGGAAAUGUACAGUCGGAUGGAACGGCCGAAAUAAACGUCAACUUUACCAGUGACAAGACACCAGAAAUUAGGCUGAACGGUGCUGGAGAGGCUGGGUAUCCUCUGGGAGAGUCGGAGAGCGUGGAGUCCAUGUCGAAAAUGAUGGUGGACGAGGAUGGGACACCACUUAAAGGGGAAACACCUCCUACCGGACGACGGGCCCAACUCCUCCGAAAAAUGACCACAGCAACGAAAGGGUUAAAAAGCGAGGGGAAAGAGUGGAUCCAUCGAAUUCGAAGGAAAGGCUCGGCUGGUGGGAGCUCCUCAUCGUCAGAAUCUGACGCCGAGGAUGGCGCAACGGCGAAAGAGGGGAAGACGAGACGAUUUAGAAUGACGAGGAAGAAGAAGCCGAGCAAAGAGGCCGGCGACGAGGCGGACGGGGCACAAGCCUCCUCAGAAGCUAACAGCCCCCAGCAACAGAGUGAAAAGAAGAAGGUGGAGGCAAAGAGUAAAAAGAAGAAGGCCGUGAACCAGUAUGCCAACACGACCAUGUUUUCUGACUCGAUGGGUUUGCAAGGCUCCUCAAAACUCUGGAUUGGCAAGGACUACACAAACUUCAUUGUCAAAGACUUUGCAGAUUUGGAUUCGCCAUUUACAGACCUCGUUGACCGCUCGACCACACCGCGGAUGCCUUGGCACGACAUUGCUCUCUAUGUACAAGGCAGUGCUGCGAGGGACGUGGCCAGACACUUUAUUCAGCGCUGGAAUGCCGCUAAGCAAGAAAAGGCGAGAAUGAACGAGUCCUACCCCUGCUUGAUACCCAGAUCGUACGACUUUAAGAACGACAAUGUCCCCCCCAUCUUCCCCCAUCGCGUCAAAAUGAGCAGAACGACGUGUCAGGUCCUCCGGUCCGUGUCGCAGUGGAGCGCGGGCGUGCAGAUUGUAGAAGACAGCAUUCAACAGGCCUACAUCGACGCUAUCCAGAAGGCUCAGCACUACGUUUACAUCGAAAACCAAUUCUUCAUCACGCUCGCCCAGGCAAACGCCAACGUACAAAACAGGAUUGGGGAAGCACUACUCGGCCGAAUUCUACAAGCCCAUCGGGAGAAGAAACCAUUCCGCGUCUUUGUCGUGAUUCCACUCCUGCCUGGAUUUGAGGGGGAGGUGGGGACCAGUCGUGGCGUUGCCAUUCACGCCAUCGUCCACUGGAACUACUCAUCCAUCUGUCGGGGUCCUGACUCUCUCUUUGAGCGACUCAAACGUGAAGGCGUUGAAACACCCGAUGAAUACAUUACCUUUCACGGACUUCGAACAUGGUCUGAGCUACACGGCGAUUUGGUCACGGAGCUGAUCUACGUCCACUCCAAGCUCCUCAUCGUAGACGAUAACCUCGUCAUUUGCGGCUCUGCAAACAUCAAUGAUCGCAGCAUGUUGGGAAAACGGGACUCUGAAGUCGCCCUCAUCGUGCAAGAUGAAGAGUUCGUCCAAUCCGUGAUGAACGGGGUGGAAUACAAAGCGGGCAAGUUCGGGCUCACGCUUCGCCUCCAACUCUUCCGUGAACACCUCGGCCUCCUCGAUAAGCCAGAAGUCGACAUCCGCGACGCCGUCAGUGAAAAGUUCUACCGCAACUUGUGGCAAGACACGGCCAAGUUGAACACGGAGAUAUAUGACGAGGUAUUUCACGUCAUGCCGACCGAUCUGUGCGAGACGUUUGCCCAGCUCCAAACCUACCAGACGACGCACAACAUGACUGUAACGGACGCUACACGGGCCAGAACUUUGCUAAAGGAUACACGAGGCUACUUGGUCCAACUGCCACUCAAGUUUCUCUGUCAGGAGAACCUUCUUCCCCCCUCCGCCACGAGGGAGGCCCUCAUGCCGACGCAACUCUGGACCUGAGCGCCUCCAUAUCCACGACCACGACCCAUCAGCAUUACAUUACUUAUCAAGUCUUUCAGUAAAUAAGGACUGCUUCUUCUCUUCUUCUCUACACCGUCACCACCGUCGCCAACUACUUUUUUGCCAGUGCCAACUUAACCAAGUGAGCAGCCAGGCUUCUUCUUCGAGCUACCGUAAUCUUCCAAUCCUUCCAAUCAUGAACCAUACAUAAAUAUAUAUGAAGUCAUACAUACAAGUAUUUCUAUCAGAGAUGAGCAGACAGAGUGCAAUAUUAUUAGUUAAUAGGCUAGGACGUAUUUUUACCUGAAAAACAUCGUGUUCAGUGGACUUUAACCCACUUUUCUAAAUGCAUGAGAACAAGUUUUGGUUCGUGAUGAUGACGAUAAUUAUCAAGAUAUUGGUGCGAUGAUAAUGCUAUACUUUUUAACUCUGGGGAAGGAGGGAUUAUAUUUAAAUUUAAGUAGGGACGCCUUAUUAGAGCCCUGGGAAGGACGAAGUCUGCAGUUCAUUAGUUUUUUUAAAUAGCAUUUCCAAGUAUAACAAUAAGGUGUUUUAAAAUAUAGUAUAAAAAAUCUACCUGAGUUUGACCUGUGUAUUUAGACCUGCAGGAAGUGAAAAGAAACGCAUUUUUUCCAUGUUUAACCACCAGCCAUCAAUGUUUGCCUGGAUUUUAUAAUUUCUGCCACAAUUAUUCUCAAAAUUGUAUGCUUUAUAAAACAUGCUGUAUGAAAUUUGUAGAAAUUUUAAACAGAAAUCAAAUCCUGGAAAAAAUGAUUGGAUAUCAUAUAGAAAAAAAGAUAAGUUUAAGUAGACCAAGAAUUUUUAACAACUCGGUUUUGUUGGAACAUGCCAAUUUUGGCUGGACGACCUAAAUGGCAGGCCUUUGCUCCUCAGGGAUGCUUUAUUAUUCAGAGAUUUUUGGCGAAAGUGAGUCAAAAUUAUGGCUACACUGCUUCCUCAGUGGUCCUCUGGACAGGAUAUUACAUACUUAUUAUUAAAAAACUGCGCCUCAUAUUAACCGGUGUUGUGAUUAAGUGAAAUAAUAACCAAAGUGCUUUAACAAACAUACAGCGACUUAAAAAUUAGCCAAGUAAGAAAUAAAAUGGAUGUGCUUUCGGCCAACCAACCAGGAACCAAGUACCUUAUCCGAGAAGCUCCGGCGGCGAAAAAAUCUACAGGUGUGCGCAACCUCUCCUUACUAACUUUAUAUGUAAAUAGGUUACGAUGUACUUAUGUCUGGCAUCAAUUUAAUUGAAUUGUUAAUCUUCCUCGUUUUUCCGGUGACUUUUAAUAAUAAUCGAAAUUGUUGCUCUCUUCCA